AAGCUUUUUUCUUUUUUUUAAAUCAACUUUAAUGUAGCAAACAACCUAUAGACAAUCAUUCUGAAAACGAAACAUUUUGCAGCUUCCUUGUUCUUCUUAAUGUGCACUCACAGUGGUUUAUGCUGAUUGUCAUUUAUAAGGUAACCACUGUGAGUACAAGAAAUGUUUCGUUCUCAGAAUGGUUGUUUGUUACAUUAAAGUUGAUUAAAAAAAAAAAAAGCUUUGAGUGGAGGUCACGUUUCCUGUCUAGAGUGGAGCUCCAGUCUGCAGCUAGAUCCUUCUCACGCUCAGUGGUUAUUACGGAACAGAUGGCGUUUGAUGAAGUUGCGGUUUACUUCUCGGAGGACGAGUGGGACACGUUAAAUGAUGAACAAAAAGCGCUGUAUAAGGAAGUGAUGCUGGAAAAUUACUGCGCCCUCCUGGCUCUAGGACUUGUUCAUGUGAAGCCUACAGUUAUAUCAAAGAUAGAGAAAGCGGAAGAGCCAUUUGUAAGCAGUGGCCAGGAGGAAACGCCUGCAAAACCAUGUAAAUUACCGUUUGACAUUGCAAGCAGGAGACAGGCCUUGGUAGAAGUACAGCAGCCAAGUGGCCAUGGAGUGACACAGCCCAAGACACAAGUCCCCAGUGUGUUUGUUCCAAGAAGACUUUCUUUGUCAAGAGGACAUCAACAGAAAGGUCAUGUGGUGGUUCAGGCUAGGACAAGAGUGCCCAGAGUUUUUUUCCCCAGAACGGGUCUAGAUGGUCUGACCAAUAGGGACAUUAUCCAGAGGUUCAGACUAAACAGAGAGGCCAUACUGUCUGUUUACCAGCAGGUCAGUGGCUUUUUGGAGCCACUUACUGCAAGGAGUCAUUCCAUCCCUGGUAUGGUUAAGCUGUUAGCUAUUUUAAAUUUCUUGGCUACAGGUUGCUUCCAAUCAGUUGUUGGUAUUAGCCAACCCUCCUUUUCUCGCCACCUUCGUGUGGUGUUGAAUGCCCUUUUGUCCCUUCUACCGAAUUAUGUCUGUCUUCCAGAAACAAAUGCUGAGUGGCACAAGGUCAAAGAGGGAUUCCAUAAAAUAGCAAAAAUGCCAAAUGUUUUAGGAGCUAUUGACUGCAUCCAUGUGGCCUUGAGACCCCCUCUUCUUCAGCAGGAACAGUACAGGAAUAGCAAACAGUUCCACUCACUGAAUGUACAGGUUGUCUGUGAUGCAGAUCUUCGUGUCCUCAGUGUCCGGUCUGGUUUUCCAGGAUCAUGUGACAAAUCCUAUAUCUUACUCCAGUCAGCCCUCUUUGAAAAAUUUGAGCAAGGACUCAUGCCAGAUGGAUGGCUCUUGGGUGAUGCAGAAUAUGAGCGCAGGCCUUGGCUGUUAUCACCUUUGCUGAAUCCAAGCACUCCUACUCAGCAUGAGUUCAACAGUACCCAUGAGAAUACUCACAGUGCCAUAAAAAGAACUUUUGAUGCACUCAAACGUAGGUUCCAGUGUUUGGACCGUUCUGUUGGAGUACUGCAAUAUUCUCCUAGAACAGUAUCAGAUAUUUUUUUAGUAUGCUGCAUAUUGCACAACUUGGCUCUACAGUAUAAUGUACCGGUCUCAGAUAAUGAUGUAGAACUUCAGGAGCAGGCAGAGGAGAUGGUGCCUAUGGAUACUUCUGAGGGUGAAUUGGAGGGAAAGUCCGAUAUAAUCACAACACACUUGCAAUGCUCUCCAUUUGAGCCAGCGCAGGAACCUGCUACAGUGAGUGAUGCACAGGGUGUAGAUUAUUGCUCAUCUGCGUCAUUAUUGAAUGAUUCGGAGCAUAACUCUUCGGACACUGAGCAAGAGUAUACAGUUACAACCUCUGAAACAACUCAUGCACAAGGUAAUGCUCACAAGGUGAUCAGAACACAGGGAAUCUCAUUGCUCCCUAUUUGGACGACAUCUUGAUCCAAGCCCUGUCCUUUUCUCUAGUAUCCUCUAAUACCCAGAAGGUAAUUUCUUUCAGGAUCAUGGAUGGAACAUCAAUGUUCCAGAGAGUUCUUUAUCCCCAGCUACAAGGGUAGCUUUCCUAGGAGUGAUAAUAGACUCUGUUUCUCAUGAAGACUCACAAAGACAAACUACAAAAGGCCUGUUGUUCUCUACAGGUGGCUCAUUCCCCAUCUGUAGCACAGUGCAUGGAAGUCUUAUAGUAGCGGCGUCAGAUGCAGUACCUUUUAGUUCCUUUUCAUCUUCGUCUCCUUCAGUUGUCCAUGCUUCAUCAGUGGUCAAAUGAUUGCUUUAAUCUGCAGCAGCAAAUAGAGCUCAGUUCAUCAGUCAAACAAUCUCCCUCGUGGUUGAGGGACCGUCAUUUUUUAACUCUUGGAGCCUCAUUUCUUUGGCCUACCUGGACUGUGGUCACUACAGACGCAAGUCUGAUAGAUUGGGAUGCUGUUUUAGAGUUCCAGAGGAUGCAAGGAGUGUGGUCUCCUCAGGAGGCAAGGUUACCUAUCAACAUUCUAGAAAUUUGUGCAAUUUUUUGGGGCUCUUUAUUCUUGGCCCCUUCUCAGACAGGAAAAAAAUAAAUUGU